GUGUUAGGACCUGUAGUUCAGACGAUAGUCAUUUGUAAAGGAUUAUUUUGUUUUUGGUGAAACUUCGGCGGGAAACACAGUGAAGUACAUAUAGGGUUUUGUUUCUUACAACGUUCUAUGCAAGUUAUGUUUGCGGCUCUUGACACCGUGGGUGUUUGUUGUUCAAGCCUUGUGUUCUAAACAGUGAGACAGCAAAAGUACAUGUUGUCAUUAGAGCGACCAAGACAGCAAUUGAGUUUGUAUUUUCAGUGGUGUUUUUACUACGCACUGCGUCUACCGGUAAUAACUCCUUUGUUUGUUUAGGUUUUGAGCUGUGUACGUUUUGUGUAAUUGGUUAAUGGUGUGGUUGUUUUUAAUAGGCUCAGUGUUUGAACAUGGUGGAAGGAAUUAGCUAUGAUAUGGUCGGCUUAUUUUGAGAUGAGUAGGAGGUAUUGUUUCAGUUUCUCCUGGAGUCGAGAGUAUUUUGAGCCUUGCCUUGGAAUUUAAUUGCUCAUUGAUGACUGUUGUGAAAAAAUUGGUACACUACGUUUGCUGAUGUGUGACAAAGGGGGAACAAAAAGGUUGUGAUUUUCCAGUUUGUCAUUGGUGUGCUUUUUAAAACGAUUUCUAUGUUCUCGAAAGAUUUCAAGUUGUUGAGGUUGACACGAGUUCCUUGGUGUGAGUUAUGGAUUACAUAAUUGAAUUGCUGGCACAUUUCCAGAUUAAGCCGGCCUUGUGAACAGAGACUUUAUGUAAACAUUUUAAACAACAGUCCGAUGAUUUCUAUGAAACUUCAUGUGAAUUAGGUCUUGCACUUCUACCCCCUCCCCUCUAACUGUUGCACUUCUACUCCCUCCCUCUAACUGUUGGGAGUGCAAACAAUUAGUGUACUCAACAGCUACUUUUAAUCCUUUGUGGUUGCAAAAUGGGUUUUGCUUGUGUUGUUCUGGACAUCUGUAUUCAAAUGAGGUUUAACUUUCACUGGUGGUCAAUACUGACAGUCAGUCACUGCUUCUUUGUAUCAGCUGGUCCUCUGGUCAGCUGGUGGCAUUGAUGAAGGAACAAGGGGGUGCUGGCAUAGAAGCGAUGUGUUCUGUGACACAGCAGUUUCUUUUGUGAAAGGGCUUUCUGUAUCGUGAAUACUUUCCAUACAGCGAAGGCUCUCAUUUAUGUAGAGAGUAAGAUUUGAACUUCAGAGACCAAAAAUGAAAAAAGAUUUUCUGAGAAAAAUGGAAGAUUUGUUAAGGAAGUCUACAUAAAACGUAUUAUUUUAUGUGAUAACGAUUUUCUUUUGGAUUGCUUUGCAAUCGGUCGACAAUAGGCGUUUAUUUUGGACUUUGUAAUAUACUGUAUUAUGGAAGCAGAGGAUGGGAAUGGGUGCUUUCAAUCUGGGAAGACAUCCUGGCUUCUUGGUUUGAUCUGCCCAUGUCUCAGCAACAAUCUCGGCAGUCCAGAGACUAAACCAAUGAGAUGGUUCCAAGUUGAGAAUGGCCAGCUUCAGUCUGUCCCAAAGAAAAAGCUCACAAAGCGACAGAAGCGGUCCAAAUCCACGGACGCGCGCAAAAGAGCGGAAAAUUACACAGUCGUCAAGGAUGCUCAGAAAAAUCCCUCGCCAAUUAUCAUCAACAAAGAAUCCUCUGAGUUUGAUUGGAGUACGAGAUGGGGAACGACAUCGAACGUUUUGGACACGCAGAAAAAUCGCGAUACAGUAUCGGAUUUUCGGAAGCAUCCAGUGUUCUCUGCGAGGGAGCUGUCUGCGCUGAGCAGUGAAGCGCCCUCAUGUGACGAUGAGACACCUCCGUUGUUACGGAGUGAUGGGGACCCGUACCAGCCGUAUGUGAUCAUGGAGAUUGCAAAUGCAAGCGGUCCAGAGACAGAGUCAGAAAGACUGAAUAAUCCCAUUCAAGCACAUGAGAUUCCGGGAUCAGAGAAGGAUGAUGAGGAUAAAGGAGGUGAACAAACGGAGAAUGUAUGAUAGGAUAGCAAGAAUGAUGGAUCUGUACAUGUUGCAGAACU